GGUAUGGCGAGUUAGUGGGAGAGAGAGAGAGAGAAUCUGGAGGUAGUGUACCGCUUGACGCCGGCGAGUGGGACGGUCUUCUAUGCGGUCGGGGGGCUGACGACCGCCGUUGGAUCGGGAUCGAGCAGCGCCGGAGGAGGGAUGGUGGCGGCGAGCGAGGACGCGGUGGUCAUCCAGCCGGCCAAGCGGGCCGGGGAGCCCACCGUCGUUACCGUCAACUGCCCCGACCAGACCGGCCUCGGGUGCGACCUCUGCCGCGCCAUCCUCGACUUCGGCCUCUACAUCACUCGAGGAGAUGUAUCGACGGAUGGGAAAUGGUGCUACUUGGUGUUCUGGGUCGUUCCACGUUCGACCUCCAGCAACAUCCAAUGGCCGAGCUUGAAGAACAGGCUAUUGUCUCUUUGUCCACCUUGUUCCAUCCCGUUCUACUUUGACAUGGCGAAUAGGCCCAUGACAUCACAAAUGUACCUUUUGAAGCUGUUCUCUGUCGACCGGAAGGGAUUGCUGCACGAUGUCACUAAAGUUCUCUGUGAGCUCGAGCUUACGAUUCAUCGAGUAAAAGUAUCAACAACUCCAGAUGGUAGAGUUGUGGACCUUUUCUUUAUUACAGAUGCCGUGGAGUUGUUGCACACAAAAGCAAGACAGGAUGAUACAUGUGGGAGGUUAAGUGCAGUUUUAGGAGAGUCUAUGAAUAGCUGCGAGAUUGAGCUUGCUGAAAGCUUUCAACAGGGAUUUUCUUCACUUCCGCCAGCUGCAUUGGAAGAAUUAUUUAGGCUGGAGAUGUCAGGUGGUGAAGUAUGUUCGCAGACACUAAGCCCGGAGAUGAAAAGGCUGAAGAAGGCUGAUGUAAACAUCGACAAUUCUUUGAGCCAUUCCCACACUCUAAUUCAAAUCCACUGCGUUGAUCAGAAGGGCCUCCUCUACGACAUUCUUAGGACCUUAAAGGACUGCAGCAUUCAGGUAGCUUAUGGGCGAUUUUUGUCAGACAAGAGAGGCUCACGAGAGGUGGACCUUUUCGUCCAGCAAAGUGACGGAAAGAAGGUAAUUGAUCCUGACAAGCAGGAUAUCCUCUCUUCCCGAUUGAAGCUAGAAAUGCUUCAUCCUUUGAGAGUUGUAAUCGCCAAUCGUGGACCCGAUGCUGAACUCCUCGUAGCUAAUCCUGUCGAAUUGUGUGGAAAGGGGAGGCCUCGUGUCUUUCAUGAUGUCACACUUGCACUGAAACUGCUCGGAAUCUGCGUUUUCUCAGCUGAGAUUGGCAGGCACACAGCUUUUGGGAGGCAAUGGGAGGUUUACAGGUUUCUCUUGGAUGACAGUGGGGAGCUGCCACCGGCAAAUAGCCAGGCCAGAAGUCAGAUUGUGGAUAGAGUGAGGCGAACAAUGAUGGGUUGGUGACCAAUUAUUAUAUGCCUGAGGGUGAAACUAUAAGCAGCCCAAUUUGGUGUUGUACAGUGCAUUUGUUGGUGUUCUUCUAUACGAAGAAGACUUCUUUUCUGCACCAAAGGUAUUUGUUUGAAUUAGUAGGCAUGUUCACCGUUGUUCUCAUCGUUGCAAUGAUAGCUCUCUCAAUUAUUUAUUUGUCGGCCAA